AUGGAUCUACAGCAACAUAUAAAACAUUAUCUUGAUAACAAUGAAUUUGCGAAAUGGAAUCUCUUAGGACUUUUACAAUAUUUGGCGACUAUUAUUAUAUAUACAAAUGAAGAUGUAGAUGAUAUUAUUUUAGUAUUCAAAGAUCAAUUGAAACUGCUAAGUGGACUUCAAAAUCUAACAAAAAAAAGUAUUCUAACAGACAAAACAACAGCAGUUGUAACAAGUAGUGAAGAAUUCGCAAAAUUGAAAAAUCUAUCAGGUAACCCGAUUGAAAUUGGAAAUGAAGAAGGUGAUGAUGAUCAAAAAGAAAAUGAUAUGGUAAUUUUAUUUAAUUUCAUUAAAACACAUACUUUGAUUGAAUUUCUAGGUACGGUCGAACCUUGUUAUAACGAAGUUUGGCUCAUAAAGGCAUUUUCUCUAGGACCUUCCAAUCCUCUUCUCAACAUUACAUCUAUUGAAAGACUUCAUCUUAAUUCUUUUGUUCAUCCAUGGUUGGAAUCCACUUUAUGGAAUGUUGCGCGUGUAAAUUAUGAAUUUCACCAAAUUCAUUUCCACAGUAAUUUAAAACGUGAAUAUGCAUAUGGUAUUGGAAGGAUGGCGGGACCAGAUAAAUACCAAUUAGUAUAUGUCGAAGGAUCCAAGCCAGAUGCAAAAGAUGAAAAGAAAUGGCGACUUUGA